AUGCGGACGCCGCCUGGGGCUGCUUCGCUGCUGCUCUUGGUGCUCGCGGUCUGCCCCUGGCGGAGCAGAGGUGAGCCCGGCGCUGGGCGCCGCCGAGGCUGCGGGCGGCUGAGCGCCGGACUGAAGUGCGGAAUUCGUGCAGUUGAUUUGAAAAGUACGGAAACUAUCUUGGAAUCGGGGUUCUUCUCUAGAGUUACUAGUUGGGGAAAUUCAACAGUUGGUGGACACCCGUGGCAGGUCUCCCUGAAAUUAGGUAGGCACCACUUCUGUGGAGGAAGCUUGAUUCAAGGUGAUCUGGUGGUUAGAGCAGCACACUGCCUGGCUAGCCUCGAUGAGAAGCAAAUUAAGCAUCUGACUGUGACUGCUGGGGAGUAUAACCUCUUUCAGAAGGAUAAGGAGGAACAGAAAAUUCCUGUCUCAGAAAUUAUUAUCCAUCCUAAAUACAACAGACUUGGAUGUAUGAGUUUUGAUAUUGCACUGCUAUAUCUAAAACACAAAGCCAACUUUGAUUGUAGACCUCAGGGAACAGUAUUAUUUGGAGAAAAUGGGAAGAUUUGUUAUCCCCAUUCGAAAGAGAGCAACUAUUCUCAUAAUCGCUUAUGUAUCUGGAAAAUAAUGGUACCAGAAAAUAAAAUUAUCCUAAUAAAAUUUACAAGCUUAGACAUAGAAAAUCAAGUUGAAUGUGACCAUGACUCUGUAUCUUUACAAUCAAGCAGUGGAGUGCUUAUUAGUAAGGUCUGUGGAAAUAUAUUGCCCUCACCAUUGCUGACAGAGACCAAUGAGGCCACAGUUACCUUUGUUUCUGAUACAGACAACAGUGGCAGCAGCUUUGAGCUUACCUUUACUGCUAUACGGAAGAACUCAGAAGCAGGUUCAGGAUGUGGGAGUGGGGCUGUGCUGGUGGUGGAAGGGAUGAUUCACUCUGCCGGCUAUCCUCACCUGUAUCCCAGGAAUGUAGGGUGUCACUGGUUGAUUCAUGCUCCAGAGAAACACAUUAUAAAGCUGACAUUUGAAGACCUUAGUAUUGAAUUUAACCAAAACGGUACUCAUGCUGUUGUGAUUUAUGGUGAUCCUGAAGAGGAACAUGGGUUGGCCAAGCUUUGUGAAAUCUUGAAUGCUACUCGGGUAUUCAGUCCUGGUGAUAUGAUGGUGAUUCACUUUAAAAGUGAUGGUGGAAAGAAUUUCCAACGCUUCAAGGCUAGAUUCAGCGUUUUACCCUCAGAUUCAUUAAACAAAAUUGGAUCAACGUCAUCUUCCAAAACCAAUGCUGUAUCUUCUACAAAAGAUAUACCAUAUGGUGUCUGUGGCAUCCCUCCAUUUAGUCCUCAGUGGCUUUCCAGGAGAAUUGCAGGAGGGGAGGAAGCCUGCCCCCACUGCUGGCCAUGGCAGGUGGGUUUGAGGUUUCUAGGCAAUCACCAGUGUGGAGGUGCCAUCAUCAGCUCUAGCUGGAUUCUGACUGCAGCCCAUUGUGUGCAAUCGAAAAAUAAUCCACUCUUGUGGACCAUUGUUGCUGGAGACCAUGACAGAACCUUGAAGGAACCAACUGAGCAGGUGAGAAGGGCAAAACACAUUGUGGUGCACGAAGACUUUGACAGACUGACCUUUGACUCUGACAUCGCCCUAAUACAGCUGAGCUCUGCUCUGGAGUUCAACUCAGUGGUGAGGCCAGUGUGUCUCCCGCACAGCACGGAGCCUCUGUUUUCCUCUGAGAUCUGUGUUGUGACUGGAUGGGGAAGUGUUAGUGAAGAUGGUGGCCUAGCGAGUCGCUUACAGCAGAUUCAAGUGCUCGUGGUAGAAAGAGAGGUCUGCGAACGCACUUACUAUUCUGCCCAUCCAGGAGGGAUUACAGAGAAGAUGAUCUGUGCUGGCUUUGCAGCAUCUGGAGGGAAAGACGUGGGUCAGGGAGAUUCUGGUGGGCCAUUAGUAUGUAAACAUGAAAAAGCUCCCUUUGUCCUCUAUGGCAUUGUCAGCUGGGGAGCCAGCUGUCCCCAGCCAAGGAAGCCAGGCGUAUUUGCCAGGGUGAGUGUCUUCUUGGACUGGAUUCAAUCCAGAAUCAAAGGUCCUGUUUUACUUCAGAUAAAUAAAGAAAACAAAAUCUUAACAAGACAACAAUUGCCACCACCCACACCUUCAAGAGACAGCGCAUCUGGGCCAGGCUGUUACUCUGAAGUGGAGCUGGAAGAGCCCAGAGGCUUUUUUUCCUCUCCAAGAUAUCCACUGGAUUAUAGAGGAAAACUGGACUGUUCUUGGGUGCUCAGAGUUUCACCAAGCAGUAUGGCAAAACUUACGGUUGAGUAUCUGUCACUCCCUGGGUCUCAUGUGUGUGGCGAUUCAGUUCUGACUAUUUAUGAAGAAAACCACAAUGAGAGAAGGAUGUCAGGUGAGUUAUGUGGGAGAAGGCUUUACCCAAUGAUUUUCAUGAGCUCUGGACCACUGGUGAGGGUGACAUUUCAUUCCCGUGUGCAAGGUGCUUUUGGCAUAAAUUAUAUUGUCUUUAGAGUCCAAGGUCCAAAGAGCAGUAAAACUACCAAAUUUCUUCAGAGUUCAAACCAAGAGCAUGUGACCACUUGUGACGAUGUUAUUCUUACCAAACCAACAGGAAUCAUACAAAUCCCAAGAUAUUUUCACAGAACCACUAUGAGCUGCCACUGGAGAUUAUUGGCCCCUCCAAAUCACAUCAUUCGCCUUGAUAUUGUCAACUUCCAGAUGCAACCAAUGCCCUUGGCCUGUCAGGGUCACCUGUUGGUUUACGAAGGAUUUGGAUCAGGCAAAAAAUUAAUAGGGAAGGUCAUGGAGGCUGAAUGGAGGCUGUUUCCUGUAAUUCAAGAAACGGGGACACAGAAAGCCUUUGUGCUCAGGAGCCCCACAGGGCCCUGCUCAUCUGAUAAUGUGAGAAAUGUUGUAUUGAGAACACAAAGAAGAUUUGCAUCAAGUUCAAAUUAUGUAAUAGAUAAUGUUGCCUUGAAAGAGGAUGGCAACAAAGGAGUACAAGUGACGUGGACAGAUCUGGAGAUAGAACUGAUAGGAUUUCUUGAUGGAUUGAAUGUGGCAUUAAAUCUGCAGGCCAAGGAUGGCUCCUAA